GUGCGCCACGCUGCGGGCUACAGUGAUCUCCUGCAGAGGGAUAUCUGGGAGUGGGAGAGGAAAGAGGCAGCAGUGAGGAGGAGGAUUCAGUCGCGGAAUUAAGGGACUCUUCUGAAGGGGCAUCGCUUCUGAGGUCCGCUGCCUCCUCUGGAACAAACAUCAUUCCGCAUUUCCGUUGGCAUCUGAUUCGGAUGAAAUCUUCCCCUCCUUAAGGAUGGAUCACGCUCUCCUGACCCGGUCCAUUUGGUCCAGUGACGCUAAAUUCCUGCAGCAUCCAACAGAUAUGAACACCGGCGUCGUGGUGACGCGCUGCAUCCCUGCUGGGACGUGCUUUGGACCGUGCCUGCUUCAAAACACUUUCUACGAAACCAUCGCCUUUAUAGCUCAGAAAUGCAGCGACAAGACAGCAAAGUCAUUCAUGUUCAGGGUCGAUCCAGAGGCAAUGCGCAAUUCAACCCUGGUCCUCUCCUGGCUGAGGCUGGUUCAGGCUGCGCGCAACGGAGAGGAGCAGAACGCAGAGGCCUUUCUGAAAGCGGGUCAGGUGUAUGUGCGGGCUACGCGGGACAUCCAGCCCGAAGAGGAGUUGUUGGUGUGGUAUGACCGAGAGCUGUCUCACCUGCUGGGAUUUACAGACAUGAUAAAAGGACUCAACGGAGAAUUUAAAUGCGGGAGAUGCAACCAGAUCUUCAAAAACCAGAAUCCUUUCGUGGCUCACUGCAGAUUUCUGUGCAGCCAAUUGAAGAGUGACAUCUGGAGCCACGAGGCCGAUGAGCACAAGUACGUGGACACCAAGAGGCCUCACCAGGUGACGGAUUUCCACAACAUCGCCAGAGACCUGGAGCAGAAAAAGUCCGAGGAGGUGGCGAUUCCUUCCAAAAAGAGAAAAGGGGAAGACGCCACAGUCGCCAGAUUGCGAAAAACGGUUCUGUUAGAGAAAACAAACAUUUCGAAUGAGGAAAAUGUCGCUCAGCUGAGCAAAAACUGCCACCAGGCUGCAGGUGACCACUCCUCUGCUUCCGAGAAACUGAAAGCUGACAGGGUCAAAGCAGUUCGUGCGCCACGGGGGAGGGCUGAUUCAGCUGAGGCUGGGGAAGACAGGGCAGACAUUAUGCCAAAAAAAAGGGUCGACACAUGUUCGGAGGCAGGGGAGGGAUCAGGUGUGCUGUCAAGCGGCUUGAGCGCGUUUUCCCUUGUUCUUUCGGGCAGCCAUGGGGAGCAGAAAAGCGCUUUUUGCAAACCCAGUAAAAGGAGCGCUCCAGUGGAGCAGCAUGGCCAUCUGAGCAGCGCUCCUACAGCCCCCUCUAGCCGCCUGGAUGAGAUCACUGAUGCUUUCACCAACAGGACUAUUCUGGGAUACAACAAUAUGAUGGCAUCCAGCAUCCUGGGCGACGACCUGCAGACUCUGGCAUCUCCUAUUCCAUUAGGCAACGCUUUCCAUUACGCGCCGGAGCUCUGGUCCAGAAACCUUGGCGCCCAGCUGCAAACCACAUCCACCCUCACAGUUCUGCCGCCAACUUUUACCUCUUCAUUCGGUGUGUCGGUGCAGAACUGGUGCGCCAAAUGCAACCUGUCCUUCCGCAUGACCUCGGAUCUGGUGUUCCACAUGCGCUCUCACCACAAAAAGGAGUUCGCGGCAGAGUCUCAGGUGAGGCGGAGGAGGGAGGAGAAACUGACCUGCCCGAUUUGUCACGAAUACUUCAGAGAGAGACACCACUUGUCAAGACACAUGACUUCUCACAAUUAGAGAAAUGUUUUUAUUUAAACUGGAAGACUUUGUUGUUUAUAGUGAAUGUAGGCAAUUGAACACUCGCCCCAUCAUAAUGUGUCCAGUAGAUGGCAGCAGAGGGGCGCGUCUAUCUUGCUUUGUGUUCUAAGAAGAGUUUAAUUGAUUACUUUGUGCCUUAUUGGAUUCAGGAGGCUUUCUGAUCCUCAGAAAUGCUGAUGAUUGUUACAUAUGUCUCAUCGCAGUUUGUAUUUAUUUAUCAGCUUUUUCUUUUAUGGGUUGGUGGGAUUGUACAUGAGCUGUUGUCUGAAUUAUUUAGAAAUCAAAUGUUAUAAAAUAUUGCCACAAAAAAAGAGUGAGUGAAUAUAUUCAUAUUUCAUAAUUGACCGAGACCCAGCUUCACAUACUGUAGUUUUGUCUGUUUAUAUAUUGUUAGGAGAAAUGGCUCUGAAAAUUUUGGCAAAAGUACCUUCUGAAUGAUGGGCUGAGACAUAAAACCAAAAAACAUAUAUAUUUUUAGAAUAAGUGGUAAGAACAAGAACGAAAGCUUCUGGCCUUGAAGUGUCGUACUUUAUAAAAACUUAAGUGUAGAACUUUAAAGAAAUCUUUGCAUCAUCAGUGUAUUGCAAGCAUUUUCACUUUAAUUUUCAAACCAAUCAAAGCAGGACAUAAGACAAAAAGGCUUUGCCCAGAUUACCUGUAAAGAAGAAGCUACAAGAACACCUAUAAACUAGUACUUUAAGAAGAGAAUGGCAUCAUUUUGGGCUUGCAGCUUUGGGACUCAUUUCUAUGUUCAUGUGGCUUUAAUAGCCUGCAUAGUAUUUUAAGUUGCACCAUACAGUGAAGCUCAUGU